AUGAAUUUCACGCUCCUCUUCCUGGCCGCUGCGGUCAGCGCCGUCGCCCCUCGCGAGCGGCCCCCGCAGAACAGCAAUCCUGUUCAAACUGGAGGCGAGACGACGCCUACUGCGAGUCUUUCCAUUAUUGAGCCAAUCGUCUCCUUCACAGAGCUUUCGACCACCAGCGGCUCGGACAAAAUUACCAUCCCGAUCCUCACCAGCGAUUCGGCACACACUACGCACCCCUUGCCUCCCACCUCGGAAUCAUCUCUGACGCCCACUUCCUUGCCGUCAAGCACUGAGAGCUCGACUUCCUCGUCUAGCUCGCAUUACUCAGGCAGCUCCGGGGUCACCACCCACAAUUCAACAACUUCGAGCGGCUCUGUCACUGGCACUGGCACUGGCACUGGCAUAACUGGCUCUGCUUCCGGCUCUAGGACGGCAAGUUCGCUGACUAGUUCUCCGUCCACCGCUGCUGCCGCUGCUGCGACAGCCAAUGCUAUGGCCGGCAUUGCCGCAAUUGCUGGCCUCGUGAUGGCGGCCUAA